AUGCUUGUCUCCGUUCUCUUCUCCUUGGCCAUUCUCACGACAGCCUGGUGCUGUCCCAAGCAUGACAAUUACCAGUCCCAUCCUCAUCUAGGUCGCAGACAGGUCCGAAUAGACGUCGGUCGGGAGCCGAAGGACUGGAACUACGAGCAUUCGUCCGACUGGGCUACCAUAAAACCCGAAUAUCAUCUCUGCCAACAAGGCACCCACCAGUCACCUAUCAACAUCGUGGGCCAGGAGCUCGCAAAGCACCAUCAACCGACCUUUGAAGGGUACAAGAACGAGCCUCUUCCAGGCAACUUCUUCAACUGGCAAUUCGCACCAGCCUUUACACCCCACCAUCCGGACGGACAAAUAAUGCAGCUGCCGAGCAUGAAGUUCGACGACCGCGAAGUCUUCUUGAUCGGCUGGCACAUCCACGCGCCCUCGGAGCAUUUGGUAGACGGCCGUCGAAGCCGGGCGGAGAUCCACAUGGUCCAUGUGACGGAAGAGGACGAUGAGGCUGCGGUCAUCGGCAUCCGCAUUGGCGUGGCACCUGCAGACACUCCCACUGAGUCCGCCUUCAUCAAGCAACUGGGUCCUAUGAUCCACUUCAACGACACCUCGCAGCUCGAGGGUCUCCAGGUCAACGUACGCCUCGCGAUCGACGAAGUCGGUGGUCUACAAGAGUUCUGGACCUACAAGGGCAGUCUGACCACGCCGCCCUGCAGCGAGGGUCUGCGCUGGUUUGUGCCAAAACAAGAGCUUCUGGUCAGCGAGGCGCAGAUGGUGCAGAUCCUUGCUGUCAGCCGAUUUUCCCACCGCGUGCCGCAAGAAGUUUGGCUCCAUGACAUCAACCUUUGA